AUGGAGGCCGAUGAGUAUGGGCGGCCCCCUCUGCCUCCCCCGCCUUUUCCGAUGCCUCCACCUCCGGCUAUAGCCACUAUAGGUUGGGGUCGGGUGGUUCCACCCCCCAUGAAGGUUGCACGACGAGAUGUGGCCAGUGAGCAGCUGGAAGAGGCUAAGGCGCUCUUUGCUGCCAGGCGUCAAGCACUGGCAGCAGACAUGGCACCGGGGACACCGGCGAAGAGCCCACCACUCAAGAGGACUCGUGUGGAUGGCACCGAUGCAGAGGUCCAAGCUGCUGGUGCUGUGCCCAAGUUGCCGGGCUCGGAAGGAAUGGUGAAGCAGCAGGCUGCCUUCCCAAAUGCUUCGCAUGGGGGUGCAGGACGUCCUGCAGUGGCGAGUGAUGAAGCCAAGGCUCCUUCAAAACCGCCAGCGAAAGCCCGGCCAAUAAAGGCCAUGGAACAGCUGCAGCAGAAGAGGGCUGCGGUGAAUCCGCAGGUGGUUCAUGCAGGACAGCAGCCGCAGGGCCAUGGUCCGGAGCCAGUGGUGACCGGAAGGGCUGAAUCGGAAAGUGAAGCUCCUGCUGCUGCUGCCUGCCCAGAACAGCCUGGGAAUCCACCUGCACCUCCGCAACAUGUGCAGCAGAUGAGGGCUGCUGUGAAUCCUGAGGUGGUUCAUGCAGGACAGCAGCUGCAGGGCCAUGGAGGUUUGCUACAGGCUUCUGUGGGGCAGGUUCCGAAGACACCGCCGAGAGUGCCUCAGCAGAUGCCACAGGCUGGAGCGCAGCAGAGGAUGCCACCACCUACAGGGCAUCAGCAGAUGGCACAUGCCGGAGUGCAGCAGCCUAUGUCGUUGCCUACAGGGUAUCAGCAGAUGCAACAUGCUGGAGGGCAGCAUACUAUGUCACCGCCUGGGGGGCAUCAGCAGAUGAUGCAUGCAUCACGGCAGGAAGUUCAUGGACCAGCUGCUGUGCCACAGCAGAGUGUUGUGCCCAAGAUGCCAGGAAGUAGUGGCAAAGAGGUGCCGACCAUGCAGGUGCCGACCAUGCCACAGCCGAUGAUGCAACCACCGGUACUACCGAUGCCCACCAUGCAGCUGCCGAUGCAGAACCCGACCAUGCUGCCCCCACACCCGGGUGUGGUGCAGCCUACCCAGCCGGGCUCUCUUGUGCCACCGACAAUGUUACCGGGAAUGCAGGUGCCUCCAGCGCUGCCCCAACCGACAAGGAUGGGUCUUGCGAUCGAGGCAGGCUUCUUCUCACUGAAGAACAUGUUGGGAGAUGCAGCACCAGGCAGUGGCCUGCCACCAAGCAUCUUGGAUCAGUAUAUGCAUCUGGUGGAGGAGUGUGCGAAGCUCAAUGCGAAUGCAUCGACAUCUUCGACAGGCAGCCCGAGUCCGCUGACGAAGCAAGCUCCAGAACAGGUGGAGCAAAGUGUGAGCAGAGACCCAGCUUCGAGUGUCGUGAAUGUGGACGAGGCAGAGAAGCAGGCGGACAUCCCCACGACAUCUCCGUCAGAAGACAUGUCUGCAGAAGCAGCUCCCGAGAAGGGAGAUGUUGAGCAGAAGACUUCCCACCAGCCGAAGAUGAACUCGCAGACGCACCCCGAUGCCUGGGGGGCCCUCUACCGCUACUGCAACGGCAGGUCUGCCAAGAACAAAGAUGAGGCCGUGCGGAGCGAGAUACUCGAGAAGUGGAAGCAAGGUGCACUCGUGUGUGUGUCACUUCGUCAGCCAAGUGCUUGA